CGGGAAAGCUCUCUAGUAAAAGCCUCUUUCUUAGCCUUAAAUUAUGCGCUUGCAGCCGUUCUGAUCUUACUAUAGCCCCCUCGGGUGGGUAGGGCCUAUUGUUCCAUUCAUGACAUGCAUUAGUACAUAAUGGAAAGUAAUGCAAAGACGUAACCCAUGCAGUCGCCAUCGGUGGCUCACAGUUCGUAUGCACUCUCCUCGUUAUCUCUGAAAUCCAAAUGCCUUAUUGUAAUUGUACGUUGGUGUUACAGCGACAGAAAUGCAUGUUUAACGGGGCUCAAACCAUUAAAGCUAUCGACCGUGCGAAGGAUAUAUUCUACACCAAUCACAAGCAUGUUUGGUGAGCUGAUGGAACAAUCGUAUAUUGUCUUCUCGAAUGGAGACAAGUUACUAACCUUGGAUUUGCUCCAUGAGUACACAUCGAUAGAUCCCACUUACCGUAGGAAAUCAUUUCGCUUGGACGAUACGUGCAUUUUGAACAUCAUCUGAGAAGUACUGAUAGAUGGCGAUCUGACACUAGUGGGUGGCAGCGACGCCGACAGCGGCAUGGUCUACAUCGAGUUCGGCGGCCAGCAGGGCGCCGUGUGCAACGACGGCUUCGACGUCUACGCCGCCGACGUGGUCUGUAAGCAGACUCUCGGAAGCACCUCCAAAGCCACGGCUCGCUUCCCGCCGACGUCAGGCAGCGGGCUCCAGGUGUUCCUGGACCAGGUGGAGUGCCGGGGAGACGAGUCGGCACUGAUGGGCUGCGUCCACGGCAAGCUGGGCGACUCAGGGAAAUGUACCGUUGAAAACAGCGCCGGGGUGAUCUGUUGGAACCCCGAUGACUUCCCAUCUUAUGCCAAAAACCACGGUAUUUUUCGCCUGAGCGGGGGCCCGGUGUCCACAGCGGGUCGCGUGGAGGUGUUUUUCAACGGCUCUUGGGGUUCUAUCUGCGACGAGCAAUGGGAUGUUGAGGAUGCAGACGUGCUGUGCAAACAGCUCGGUUGCGACGCAGCCGUCAAGGCCUCCUCGGGAUCCAGAUACGGUCCUGGGGUCCUCGAUAUCAAACUGAGCGAGGUCCAGUGUGACGGAACCGAGGACGACAUGAUCAAAUGUCGGUAUGUUGUACUCGAGCGGGGAAUGAACACGACAUGCACGCACGAAAGGGAGGCAGGGACUAACUGUGACUGCGGAGUGAUAGUUACCAUCGGCGACGGGCAAGCAGGACGAGGGCUUCUGAAGGUCAGGCUCAUAGGUAGCCAGGAGUCCGAGGGAACCCUCUGCUUCGACAGUUUCGAUUUACGGGUGGCCGAUGUGGCGUGCCGCGAGGCAGGCUUCCCUGGUGCCCUGUCGUUCUCAGAAGCCGAGGCCAGCACGGGACCGAUGCUGGCAACCUCGUACUCAUGCACUGGGUCGGAGAUUUCACUCAAGGCCUGUGUCGCAACGGCUUUCAACACUUCCCAGUGCCCUGAGGGGAAGGAGGUUGAACUCGUGUGCCAAUCAAAAGAGGGCGUGAAGCCGACCGGGGCUACAGUCACGACGGGAGCUCCGGAGCAGGGCGGUCUGAGCACCGGAGCUAUAGUCGGUAUCGUCAUCGGUUGCUUGCUUGCAGUUGUCCUCAUUGUGCUAAUUUUGUUCUGCUGGUUGAGGAACAAGGGAGAUGCAUCUGGUGGAUCGGCCCCGAUUUAAUUCUUCGGUGGCCGCACUCUGACCUUCAAUAACCUUUACUUGAAAGCUAGAUUAUUUUGCUUUUGCACAUUUAGCUUUUGCAAAUGCACUGGAAAAUGUUGUGGGAAAAUAUAGCCCAGUAAAAUUUGCCACUUAAUUAAAGUCUGCUCGCUGAAUUGUAGGACAGGAAUUUUGAUUGCAAGAAACUCCACAAAGGGUUGAUCUUUUUAAUUACAACAGAAAAUGCAAAAAAAAAUGAAUGCAAGACUGGGAGGAAAUGGCCGCUUUGAAGUGGUACUCUGUUUUGAUUCUGUUUCCUUCGAGUUCCAAGACAUUUUGUUUCUGUUACAAGCGACAUUCUCAUCAUCUUCAAGUUAGUGUGUGAGACAGCUAAAAACUCGGCAGCGGAAACUGCUGAGGGUUGACCUCCGUGAACAAGCUACACAGCGCCAUCUACCGUUUCAGCUCGUGAACAGCAGUCCUAGUCGUUAGUAGGGCCAGUCGCUACUGUCUUUUGCCGAUCUUGCUUCAUCCGUUUGAUACCAACAUCGGUGAAAAGUAACUUGCAGGCUGCUGAUAUGCCGGCCAUUCUUUAUAAAGCUUAUUAUGUGGGUGCAAUUUGUUGCCAUGUCACGUGAUCAGAAAAGAUAUUUCUUUUGGUAAAGCAUACAACAAAUUGUCCUUGCAUUUCUGCCGAUUUGCUCAUUGGUUAGUUACAGAAUUCACUGUCACCAUAUGUUCUGAAUGUUUAAACAAAAUUUUUACCAACAUUUUGAAUAAUUAAUCGAUGAUUAUACUGUAACAAGAGAGACUUCGAAAAAAAGAUACAUAUUAAAUGGAGCCUGUGAUGAUAAACAUUUAUAAACGAACACAUCCUUCAAAAUAACAUAGAUUCAAAUUUAUUUUAACCCUUUUUAAUUUGAAGUACAUUUCCAUAAGAGCAAGAAAUCAAACUAAGAUAACGUAGAUUCAUAAACUUGUAUCUAAUAAAAGUGAAACUCGAGUUCGCAUAUGCCUCUCGAGCUCUAAACAGCGCCCUCACUCACGCCCAAGAAGAACGCGUUUCCCCUCGCGACGCUCGCGUCACGAAUUGCCUUCUGAUCAAGAUCCGCAGGCCAUUUUGUUUAUUAUGAGAUAAAAUCUAGUUCACACAACUGAGGAUCUUUGUACGCUAACCUGCCUAUCCGAAACAUUGCUUUCCUCUUCGAAUUUCCUCUUGUUAUGAAAUGGCCCUCAUAAAACUGUUGCCGCAUCGUGUUGUAUUUUGAUACACAUAUCGGCGUUAGUCAAUUUGGCGUUAGUCAGAAGGAAAUCAUGAAAGACUACACCGUAUCAGUCAGAAAGAAGCUGUUUGGUAAUUAAUACUAGGACCAAAAUAAGGUGUGUGCAAUGUUUGAAGUAAGUGUGCUUAAAUACACAUACUUCAAGUGUGUAUCCAACAUGUACAUGUAUAUGGUUACGCCCUCAAUAUACCAGCAGCUUCAGGUUAAGAGUGUCUUUUGAUUGAAAAGCGUACAUUCAUUCCAUAUAUCAUUACAGUUCGGGGCAAAGUUCAUCGUAGUCGCCUUUGUUUUUUAAUGUUUUCAACAUGCAAGCAAUAAAACUUUAUCCCGACCUUUUCAA